AUUAUAUGUAUGAUCACUUCUUUUUUCGCCGAUCUCGUUUCCUCCAAAACAUAGCCUGAGGACAUGGCUUGAUCCCUUGCGUCGUGAUUAUACAGUCACAGUCCGGUCACCAGCUGUCAUAUCUGUGCUGUGUCGGAAGCCAAGUCUAAAACCUCCUUGUUUGCGACCACCGUCCUCUGGGACCAUCUGCCGAGGCCCGAAGUUUUCCGAGGAAUUCCGAAAGUUCGCGAUUCUCAGCAGGCAGAGAAGUGUCCCGCCGCGGUGUGUCAACAUGGAGGAGGCAGACAGUGAUGUUUGUGGAGAUCCCAUAAUGGCAACGAUGCUGAAACAUCUCCAAACAAUGGAGGCCUCUGGGUCCCAAUCCAAGGAAGUUUGCAAGUUUAGCAUGAUGAUCGACAGUUUACUUGAGACAAACAUAAAGCUGAAGACAAAGAACAAGGAGCUCCAAGAAAGGAAUAAGGAGCUUCUGGGAAGGAAUGAAAAGCUUCAGGCAGAGAAUGAGCAGCUCAAGAAGAACCCUGGGAAAUGUAGAACAACUGGAAGUUCUCCAGUAGAAGAAGAGGAAUGGGAUAAGUCAGAAGAUGAAGGAUCUGAAAGGAAAGGAAUAGAGUCUGCUGUAGUACCAUGCACCUCGUCUGCUGUAGAGGAGCCCGACACACAGCCAGCUGAGUUGUGUGAAACUGGUGCACAGUUGCAGGAAGAUCUGCCUCAUGAAGACAUGACGCAGCGUGAUGGAGCCAUACAGGCUGUUCCAGGUUCUCCUCCAGGCGACCCCCAGCAAGCUCAGGUAUGUGAAGAUGAUGCCACCUCCGGUGAAGUGCAGGAAGGGGAUAAGGUGGAUAAACAGCCUACAACGGAUAGCUGCAGCGAAGACCAUGACUAUAACAUAGAAGGACAGUCAUCAGAAACUCCGCACAAUUCUCGGACGAUGCCAAACAAUGAAAAUAAUGAUACAAACUGUCAAGGUAACUCAAAUUUGACCAAAGACAGGUCAACAUGUGAUUCCAUUGAACCAGGAACAACAGAAAGGUCUGCUUUUCAGGUUGUAUACGACAUGAUGAGAGAGUUGAGUAUGCAGGCUGUGAGUGGAAUGUCACAAGGCACAGGUGGGCUCAGUGACAGCAAGAACCUAAGUGUGGACGAUAGUGGGGGAACAGGAGACUCUGCCAAACCGGUGAGAGACAAUGUGGUUAUUGUUACCAACACAACAGGAAGCAUGUCAGCCAUGGAGGACAGUCGUGGCAGAAGUAAUGAGGUGGAGAAUGACACAAAUGGUUGCAGAAGGUCUACAUCAAGAAGUAGCAGUACAGACAGGAACACUGCAUCCCCUGCCCUGCUGCAGGAAGUAACCCCAGUACAGGAAGAGUAUGCAGAUGCUAUUAGAGAGUUGUCUCCGAUUUCAAACCACCAACCAAUAGUCAAGCUACCACAAAGUGGCUGCCAUUCCACCCCUGAACUGUCAGAUGACACUGUGCUUUACAGUCCAGAAACAGUUGUAGAUCUCACAGAGGAGAAUAAACCUGAGCAUCCUCCCAAGCCUCGGAGAUUAAACAGGAGGAGGAGGAAAACUAGGAGAAGGGGUAGGAAACCUGCAAUGAAAGAAAUGAGUAUUACCAACGGCAGCAUGUCUUCAAAGGAGGUGAUACAAUAUUUGCAAACGUAUCGUGCAGAAGAAAACAGAGAUUGCUCUGGGGAGAGUCCAACGGAGAGAGGAGGUGGCAGUCCUCUUGGUAUCAUUGAUACAGAAAGUGCAUUGAGAGCUGUGAUGGUCAUUUCAGACUCAUGUAUCUCAGGAGGGACUACCGACAGUCAGGCAGAGAACAAAGGAACAGGUCCUGUGGAAGAGUUGGUUCAAAACGCAGCAACAUCUGUGGUGAUUAACAGCCAGGAGGAUAUGCAACAUUCUGAGCAAGAAGAUGUGGAAACAACAAACAUAAAGCUGAAGACAAAGAACAAGGAGCUCCAAGAAAGGAAUAAGGAGCUUCUGGGAAGGAAUGAAAAGCUUCAGGCAGAGAAUGAGCAGCUCAAGAAGAACCCCGGGAAAUGUAGAACAACUGGAAGUUCUCCAGUAGAAGAAGAGGAACGGGAUAAGUCAGAAGCUGAAGGAUCCGAAAGGAAAGGAAUAGAGUCUGCUGUAGUACCAUGCACCUCGUCUGCUGUAGAGGAGCCCGACACACAGCCAGCUGAGUUGUGUGAAACUGAUGCACAGUUGCAGGAAGAUCUGCCUCAUGAAGACAUGACGCAGCAUGAUGGAGCCAUACAGGCUGUUCCAGGUUCUCCUCCAGGCGACCCCCAGCAAGCUCAGGUUGUAUACGACAUGAUGAGAGAGUUGAGUAUGCAGGCUGUGAGUGGAAUGUCACAAGGCACAGGUGGGCUCAGUGACAGCAAGAACCUAAGUGUGGACGAUAGUGGGGGAACAGGAGACUCUGCCAAACCGGUGAGAGACAAUGUGGUUAUUGUUACCAACACAACAGGAAGCAUGUCAGCCAUGGAGGACAGUCGUGGCAGAAGUAAUGAGGUGGAGAAUGACACAAAUGGUCGCAGAAGGUCUACAUCAAGAAGUAGCAGUACAGACAGGAACACUGCAUCCCCUGCCCUGCUGCAGGAAGUAACCCCAGUACAGGAAGAGUAUGCAGAUGCUAUUAGAGAGUUGUCUCCGAUUUCAAACCACCAACCAAUAGUCAAGCUACCACAAAGUGGCUGCCAUUCCACCCCUGAACUGUCAGAUGACACUGUGCUUUACAGUCCAGAAACAGUUGUAGAUCUCACAGAGGAGAAUAAACCUGAGCAUCCUCCCAAGCCACGGAGAUUAAACAGGAGGAGGAGGAAAACUAGGAGAAGGGGUAGGAAACCUGCAAUGAAAGAAAUGAGUAUUACCAACGGCAGCAUGUCUUCAAAGGAGGUGAUACAAUAUUUGCAAACGUAUCGUGCAGAAGAAAACAGAGAUUGCUCUGGGGAGAGUCCAACGGAGAGAGGAGGUGGCAGUCCUCUUGGUAUCAUUGAUACAGAAAGUGCAUUGAGAGCUGUGAUGGUCAUUUCAGACUCAUGUAUCUCAGGAGGGACUACCGACAGUCAGGCAGAGAACAAAGGAACAGGUCCUGUGGAAGAGUUGGUUCAAAACGCAGCAACAUCUGUGGUGAUUAACAGCCAGGAGGAUAUGCAACAUUCUGAGCAAGAAGAUGUGGAAACAAGUGCUGUCUGCCAAGCUUCUGAUGCUACACACAUGGAAAUACCUGUAUUACCUGUAACGCCACAAAAGCGGCGUGGCCGAGGCCGUGGCCGUGGCCGAGGCCGUGGCAGGCCUCCAGGACAGAGGACACCGAAAGGUAGAGGUCUAGGAAUCUGGACAGCCUUUGGUGAUACAUGUAGACUCAAUCAUGUGCCAGAGGUUUAUGAUACAGACAUAGUAACAACACAUCCUGUGGAAGAUUUUGUUCACACAGCAACAACAUCUGAGGCAAUUUACAGCCAGAAGAAAAGGCAGCAUUCUGAGCAAGUAGAUGUAACAACAAAUGUCUGCCAAGCUUCUGAUGAUACAUGUACAUAUAUUGAAACAUCACCUAUAAGUAUAAUGCCACAAGAGUGCCGUGGGGAUGGCAGGCCCCCAGGAAAGGGGACACCAAAAGGCAGAAGUCAUGUUGUCUUGACAGACUUAAGUGAUUCAGGCCAACUUGAAGAAGAGGAAGAUUGUAAAGUAAUCUCUUAUGAUACAGGCUCAGAAGCAUCACCUGUAACAGUAACACCACAGAAGAGCAGAGGCCGUGGCAGGUCUCCAGGAAAGAGGGCUAAAGGCAGAAGUCCACACGGAGAGAACAAAGAAUCCAGUUUCCUACCACCAAAGAUAAUCUCUGAUGAUACAGACAUUGAAACAGAGCCUGUAAGUACAGCACCACAAAAGCGCCGUGGCCGUGGCAGGCCUCGGAAGAGGACACCGAAAGAUGGAGGUCCAGGAGUCUGUACAAACUUCAGUGAUACAUGUGGACAUAAACAGGAGCCAGAGGUUUAUGAUACAGACAAAGAAGUGUCAGUGUCAGCUGUAAUGCCACAGAAGCACCGCCGUGGCAGGCCUCCAGGAAAGAGAACAUUACCUAAAGACAUCAUUACAUUCCAUGACAGUAGUCCAUAUGAAGAGAGCAACGUUCCCAGCAUACUGGUAUCAUACAGGAGAUUGAGGCCUAGGAGCAAAGAGAAAAACCAAUCAAGCAUAUCCGGCAGAUUGAGGUCUGGGAGCAGAGAAAGGCUCAGAGAAAGCAGGAUCUUGCUCUAUAACAGUGAAGAUGAUGAACAGGAAGUCAUUAAAGACAGUGCCUUAGGUGAGGACAGUCAGAACAGCGUAACCUGGAUGUCUCAGGAAAUGUCUACUGUCAUUUAUUCGGCUACCUCACAGCAGGAUGAAACGUCAGCGACAUGGGAAUGUCACGUUGAGGAUAGCAAGGAACAGCAGUGGCAACUAACUAAAGCCAGACCAGGAAACACAGAAGGUGUUUCCCAUGGACAUAGCCACAGCAGUGCCACCCAAGAAGUGGUAGUAGGUAAUGUUACUGGAGGGACUCUCCAAUCAGUUGACAGUGGGACUGAACCCAUGGACAGUGCACUUGAACAAGGGGAGUUGAGAACAAAGGCACAGGUACCUUCAGAUAGCACAAGGGAAACAUCAUCUCUUGGCAUCAUUGAUACGGAAAGUGCGUUGAGAGCUGUGAAAAGUGUGAUGGUCAUUUCAGACUCAUGGGAGGCUACUGACAGUCAGACAGAGAACAAAAGAACAGAUCCUGUGGAAGAGUUGGUUCAAAAAGCAGCAACAUCUGAGGUGGUUGACAGUCAGGAAGAAAGGCAACAUUCUGAGCAAGAAGAUGUGAGAACAAAUGCUGUUUGCCAAACUUCUCAUGAUACACACAUGGAAGUAACACCUACACCACCACGAAAGCGCCGUGGCAGGCCUCCUGGAAAAAGGAAAUCACCUAAAGACGUUUCAUUCCGUGACAGAAGUCCACAUGAAGGUAAUGUUACUGUAGGGACUGUCCAGUCAGUUAACAGUGGGACUGAACCCAUCAACAGUGGACAUGAACAAGAAGACUUCAGAACAAAGGUACCUUCAGAUAGCACAUCACCCAAGCCAAAUAAUGACCAGGUUUUGCAUGAAGGACCAGAAGAAUUGUCGUUACUUGUCAAAGACUCCUCCAACACGACCUCAAACAUAACCACAAGGGAUCAGGAGGUCUUGAAGAAGUUUCCUGGCAUGUUGGAAAAAUCUCCAGUCGUUAUGAUCAAACGAUUGGAAAUGACGUCAACAACAGCAUACGUAUGUGAGACAGAACAGUCAGGUCAUAAAGAGAGCCAUAGCAAUGUGCAGGACCUGCUGGACUCUGAAGUGAAAACCACAAGUCCUUCUAUGCAAGAAUCAGCACAGGUACCUCCACUUAGCUGCCCUACACCUGACAGUUCUGAUGAGUCAGAACCUGUUUGGGAAGAGAAGUUGUGUCAUAGGGCAAAGACAAGGAAAGUGGGUAGUAAAAACAGAAAUGACUUUCCAAGUUGUGAUGGCAUGACGAGAGCUUGGACUAAAGCAGAGGUGAUAAAACAAGUACGUGAACAUAGCCUGAGGGAAAGGAGUCCCCUGCACGAUGGAGAUAAAGAGGUGCAUCAGCAAACAAAGUGUCACAUUGAUUUGGAAAGUGCGCUCACGGCUGUGACAAUUAUUCAGAAGCCUCCACUGCCACCAGGAGAAGAUGCUGAAACAGAAAAGGAGGGUGAAAAUCAGAAGAAUUUGGGGAUGGUCCCAGGGAGUCUCAAGAUCCGUGUUCGCCUCUGUAAAAAUAAAGUUGAUGGAAAAAUUAGGGCAAAGUGCAUAGACAAAGUGGAGAGUGAAACAGGCAAAGUGCACGAAAGUAGCGAAAUAGAUUCUGACUCUGAGGAUGACGCAAGCAAUCUCAUUCCUGUUGGUGAAGUUCAACAAGCUGAUAAGAAUGCCAGUUCAUCAAAAGCGUCUUCUAGUUCUCUUCAUGCUCAGAAACGAAGACUGGAUUGUACAGAAGAAAUAUCUAAAGACAGAGACACAGCACCUAAUGCAACAAGAAUGAGAAAAGGAAGUGAGGAAAGUUUAGAACACAGUGAAGAUGUCAUCAAUGCAUCAGAUUUAAGACGAGCAAAAACAUUAAUUUCUGGGAAGUCAAAGACACUAGAACAUAAAGGGAUAUUGAAAUCGAGAGACAGCACAACAGCAGAGCAAGCCUGUAGUAAAGCAGCCACAGCAAAUGAGCAAUCCUCAACCAGAAGAAGAGUACCUACAGAUACAGGUGCCGUGGCAGAACAUUCAACAGGGAGCAGCUUCAAAAACCAAACUGUACAUUCCAAGGCAGGAGGAACUAAAGAGACAGAUGUUCCAUGCACAAACAGAAAAGUUAAAAAGUUGAAAGUUCACUUCGAAAGCAUUCCACAGACAACAGAAGAUACAAGUAAACCAUGUCAGAAGCCAAGUACGACAGGGACAAAUAUGAAAGGACCUGAUUCAUCUAAAGAAGAGAAUGGAAAAACCUUGGGCCAUGCACCACAACACCCUACCAUUGAGAAUAGAAAGAAUAAAGAUUUUGGAGCUGCACUGAUGCAGGCAGACUGUGCUGUCCUUGAACCUACAAGACAAGUGGGGAAGUAUGCACGUUCACAACCAAUGAAAAAGAAAGGGGCCAAAGAAAUACAUACCUCACCAGGAAAAGUUGUGGGGAAAUGUACACAGGUGGUUAGGACAGGGAAAGGCCAAGAUGGAAGGAAGACUACAAAUUUACAAAAGCAGUCCAAGAAACCAGGUAACUCCACCCACGACCAGAUGCAGGGAACAGAUGUGGUCUCUUUGACGGGCAUAGACUCUGAAAGUGGAAGGAACUCGGGUCCUGCAUUGAGUGGUGGCUGUGACGCAAGUAGGACUGCUGAGAAACAAUGGUGGAGUCCAUCAAGCCAGCAGAGAAGCCCAACAGCAGACGGAGUAUUCUGGAGUCCUGGAGCAGGUGACGUAGGUGCAGAUGACCUGGGUGCAGAAGUGGAGGUGCCGUUUAGUCCUGUCAAGGCACAGCGGGGCAAGAACCCCAGUACAUCCCAGACACCACAGGAUGGGCAGCUCAACACUGCUGACACAGGAGGGCAAAGUGCACAACCUUGUAAGAAAGGGGGUUCUACAAGAAAGAGACCAAUCAGGAGGAAACUUAACACUACAGGAAAGAAGGGACAAAAUAAGUCACAGACCAAGACCAGUAUGAAAGGCAAAAGUAAUGUAGCAGUUAAGGGGAAGGAUAGUCCUACAAACACCACACCUUUAUUAUCUAGCAAUAGCAGUAAACAACCUUCACUCAAAGAAUCUGGUAUGCAAGGGGAGCUGCCGAACAACACUCCCCAAUUCACUGAAGCUGGGCAAAAGGUGGAGGUGGUGUUCACAUCUGUCCAGAGUCCAGCCAUGCCAGUGAGUCUUCAUGGGGAUUCUCCACUCAGUCCCUGGAAGCAGCGGCCACCGGUACUGUUUUCCUCCACUAGCAUGCCCAGAAUGGCUCCUCUUACCACAGAGAAGACUCCACAACAGUCACAUUGUGGCAAACAGAAAACUGGAAAGGACACACAGGCAAAAGAAAAACAGCCGACAAACAAGACUGUCAGGGACAGAAGGGAGAGUCAGACUGACGCCACUACCAGCCAGGACCAGGACAUCAUUUCAGCAGCCCUCCAGGAAGCUGCUGCUGAUCAGGUGCCAGACACUGUCUCUGGUAAUAAGGACGCCAUGAAUGCUCUGAACUGCACCAGCCUACGGAAGACUGGUGACUCGGUCAGACCUCGCGGCAGUCAGCAGUCCAACAACAUGUCCUUUCACAUGCAGCUCACUCCACAGAUGAAGGUGGUGGGCUCCAGUGGUCCCAGUCCUGACAGUGGAAAUGGCAGCUCCCCGGCACUGACACAACUGGCAGAACAGUGCUACCCAGACCCACUGCUGACAAUGGGGUGUAACAAGGUCAUGUUGGAGAACAGCAUGCGAGGUCACCACAACGACUUACAGGACUUUGUGGAUGACAGCCCAGUUGUGAACAUGCAUGCUUCACUGCCUGCUGUAAGCCAGGAACCUCAGUUAAACACAACAGUUCCUCCUGCCAGCUUACCAUUUCUGACGUUCCGGUCUGAACAGGCUGUUUUCACCAACAUGCCGCUGGAUACAGCCAGCACCUUGCCCCAGUCUGUUUUCAACAGCAUGCCACUCGACACGGUCACUUCUUUGCCUGACAUAAGCUUUACCCUUGGAAGUCUGUCCACAGAGAAGACCCUUGGUGGGUAUGAUGACGUCAGGGGCAAGGAAACAGCCAUGCAAGAGCCUUCAGGCAACCUUAAAGGCCAGAAAGAAAGUGUUAAAACACGUAAAAAGCAGCCUUCUUUUGACAAUGGACAGGUGGGCAUUAGUGACACUGUUAGCAAUAUCAUGCCCUUUGGCAAUGACACGUGUACUGCAACAGACAGCUCCAUUUGUGACAUAGAAGUCCCAGUUGUGUCUGAUAAGUCAUGCAGAGAUACACAGCAGAAGAAAACACCACCUCUGGGUAAGAUAGCCAAGGUAGCACAGCGUGUGCCAACAUCUCCAGAAUUAACCAUCAAGAGACGUCGCACAAAGAGAAAGUUGCUAGAUUCUCCACCUAAACAAAAGCCAACAGCCCCGGAGAAGUUUUCGCCAACCCCUGUACUGAUAGAUGGAAAGGAGAAGAUACCUAUAAGUAGGCUGCCAUCAGGAAGAAACACAUACAGUUACAAGGCUGUACUUGCAGGCCAGCCUGUACAGGGGACCACUGGCACAACAGGGAACAUUGGCAACUUAUUGGUUUUGGCCAAUGCAUCAGAUCUGGUAGAAAGGCUGUGCAGUCCUGUCAAAGUGGAUGUGAACAGGAACAACUGCCAGCCAAUGUUGCACGAGAAGCAGGUAACUGAAGUCAACAAGUCUAUCUGUGAGUUAUCAGCAGAGAAACGUCUUUCUGAGGGCAGUGGCAACCCCCAAGCUCAGGUAUUGAUGGCAGCAAACACUGCAACCCCAGGUGAUGAGAGAGAAAAGACUAAGGACAUAUUAGAGGAGGCCAUGUUGCAGAUAACUGGGGACUUUUCCUUUCCAUCUCCACGUGAGACAGAAGCAAAUGCUAGUAGUAAAGAGGAUGGCAUACUGAAAGAUAAAGCUGGUCUCCGGAUUGAGCCUGAUCCAUUCAAUCUCACUGUUGAAGAGUUGGUUACGCUUCCAAAGCCUACCCACAAUGUACGCAAAACAGCAACUGUUACCCAGCCAGCUGCUGCUGCUGCGACUAGUGCAAGUUCUACAUCCUCAACUCUAGCAGGUAGUAACAAACCUGCAGACAAAAAUCCACUCUUGAAUGUGGCAGCAAGCACCAAGCCUGUAGUAGAUAGCAUGCCUGCAGACAACUCUUCCCCUCUGCUUAUAACAUCAAACAGCAGUGAAAUGGACAAUCCACUCUCAAUGGUAGCAACAGACACCAGCUGUCCACUGUCCUCAGUAACAGCUUGCACCAGCCCACUAAGGUCUGAGACAGGAGAGGAUGACUUUGUAGGUCGUUGCCCCCCCGGGCCACCUAUACGGACCAGCUCCAGACCUGUAGACAGCUCAGCCUCCUUACCUGUAUCAGCUGCCAACAGCAUGUCUGUGACAGCCACUGAUCCCGUCCUUACUAACUCCACAAACUUGCCCAAAAUGGCUCCUGUUGCCUUAGAAGAGACCCCACAAUUGCAACAGGACAAAGAGAAGACUGGAAAAGACACACAGGUAAAAGAAAAACAACUGACAAACAACACUGUCAGGGACAGAAGGGAGAGUCAGGCUGACCCCACUACCAGCCAGGAACAGGACAUCAUUUCAACAGCUAUUCAGAAAGCUGCUGCAGGUCAGGUGCCAGACACUGUCUCUGGGACUGGUCAGGAUGCCACCGCCACAAAUGUCGUCCCCACCAACUCUGCAAAAGAUGUGUUUAUGGGCCAUCACAUACCAGUCCCUAGUGAAGAGCUGGUUUGUAAGAAUGCCUUUGAAUCCUCGGAGGCAGGAGCCACCAACGUGCCAGUGCAAGAAAAUUGUGCCAAGGUGAAGAAUGGAGCCGACAAUGAUAGGAACUCUGCCGAGAAGAGAAAUGAGCCAGAAAGAUCCUCCAGUCCCAAAGCUGGAAUGAUCAGUGCUGAUGCUAUAGUGACCUCUAACCUUUCUGUAGAAAAUUGUGAUGCGCUAUCGCACACAACAUCCCUCGAUUAUAGUCCAGAUUCAGAUGACAACUGGCAGGACAUGGAGAGCAGCGAAGGUGAUGUUCAAGACAACAAACAGGGUAAUAGAAACAGCAACCCUAUACAGAAGGACAUGGCAAGUAGUGUUGCAAAGCCAGCAGUUGAUGGUGGGAAGAAGGACGCAAAGCAGGAUAAAGUUGAACAGGUGAAGAGAAGCACAAACCAGAGCAGUUCUGAUAUUUGUCAAGAACCACCGUCAAAGGUCAGAAGGACGUUGUCCAUUGGAAAGGCCGGUGCAUCAGCAGGGCUAGCAGAUGUAGCAAAGUCGUCUGUCACUGAUCCACUUGUCGGCCCCCACAGAGAAAUAGACUACAGUACCAUACGUCAGAAGUCCCCCGUGCUGUCUGAUAGCCCUGUAGUUUCCAGUAGUUCUAACAGCCACAGUUCGACACAGCUGGGCAGUGUAGCAGAGAAGCCCUCCGUGUGCAACAGUGGUGCGAAACAGAAGAUGUCUCCUGGGUCCUUGGCAAGCAUGGUCCAGAAAGGCAGCAUGAAGUUGAAGAAACUACGACCUCCGUCUUUCCAGUUGGCAAGGACGACCGUUAGAAGUACUGAAGAGGAUACGAGGAACAAGACUCAGGCAGACAGACCAGCACAACUCCAGCCCAGCACACAACAGGGGAAUGGUACUGUCCAAACGAGGGACAGGGUCUCUUCCAGUGGUUCUCAUCCUACUUUUCCAUGGGUUAAGGAGACAGACCAAGAGAGAUUGUCCAAACUGGAACUGCAAGUACAAACAUUUGUCAAGGACAGCUCUCAACAACAGAUGAAGGUGCGACUAACUACAAAUGAUGAGCUGAUGAAGAUGAAACGUAUUGCAGCAGGAUAUGGUGUUGAGGUGGCACUAUUGCAUGGAUGGACCAUACUGUUGUACAAAACAAGAAAGACAAAGAUCCCAGGCCAACCUGAAGUGCAAAGGCGGAGAUAAUCAGACUCACUGAAGGGUCAAAUUCUGUUCAUACAUGUUUGAUUAGCAGCUUGAUUUGUGAAGACAUGACGUGUGUUUUAGGUACAAUGUACAGUAGUUUUUAAAGUGCCUGAUUCAAGAAAAGUGCCAAAAAAGCAGACUUCUAUUUUCUCAUUGCACAGGUGAUGUAAACAAACAUCCCCAAAAUUAUAAUUGUAGUUCUUUUUUGUUUAAUACAUCAUUCCCAACUUUUGUACAUUACCUUGAAGUAAGGUAUUUUUGUUCUGACAGUAUUAUUUUGUACUGUGUAUAAGAACAAGAGCGGUUACGGUUACAUGUAUUGUAAAAGUAAUCUUGCUGCUUUGACUUCUUCGUAGGCAACAGCUAUGAUCACAAGGUUUUGUUGUGAAGUAUCAGACAGAUUUAUACAAAGUUAAUUAUUUUUGGAAGACUUAGUGUGAAUUGGAGGCCUGCCAUGUACAGCACCCAGAGCUCUUUGACUUGUGUAGUGAUAGAGGCAACUAGAGAACUCUAGAGAUAGUCAUAGACAUUUGGAGAGUAGAGCUAGAGUAUGUAGUAAACGUUUAUUUUUGGAAGAUACAAAUCAGGUAAUUGUUACAUCUUCUUCAACACAAAAGCUACAUGUGUAUUAUUGAGACAAUUACACCUGAAACAAGACAGAUCUUAUUGUUUUAAACUCUCGGAGGAAAAGAGAGUGUUACUGGCAACUCCUGCCUACAUAAACAUUCCUGUUCAAGAUCUACAUUGAGUUGUUGUUUUCUUACAAGUUUGUGUUGAAACUGUUGGUGACAUACUGGUAUAUUAUCUAUAUUUAUAUCCUUGCACCAGGGUUACUUUCUGCAUCAUCAUAUACUGCAUGGAAAGAGUCAGCUUAAUUCACCCUUUGCAGCCCCUAAAUGUUAAUGUUGAUCAUAAUGGAAACAUUACAGAAGUCAAUAAUGUGAUUAUUUUCAAGUUCUAUGCAACAGGUGUUUGUUAACACUGUCUCUAACAUUCACAUUGAAGAUGUUUUUUGUUUUGCUGUUUUGUUCCAGAUACUUAUUGUAUUAAAACCUUUGUUGACUUGUCAUGUGCAUUGUUGCAUCAAUACUAUUCAUUGCAGCCUAAUAAUCUGAAGAGA